CGCACCAAACACACCGACGGCUAGUAGCCUCGUUUUCCCUCCUCACGAGCCCCGAUAUUACUUUUUUUUGUAGCCCGUUUGCUCGUUGACCCAUCAUCGAUUCAUCUAUUUUUUCGCAACACAACCCAGUGGACGAAUCCUCUUUGUUCGUGCUCCCCGAACGCAAACAACACGACUCGACUCGACUCGACUCGACAUCAUCAACUUCCUCUCCAAACAAGCCACCACCUUUUUGCGCAACUUGUCGCCCAAUUGCUAAACGACCGCCUCGUUCUGAUCUCUGGCCAUCAUGGCGUCAUCCGCACCCUCGAGAGCUACCUUGCUCCUCACCCGCUACUUUAAGGAUAUCACCAAGGGAGAGGCAGCUCGGGACCUCGCCGGUGUGUCCUGUGGUCUUGUCAAUGAUAAUGUUUUCGAGUGGGAGGUCAUGCUCAUGAUCGAUGACGAUACUAAACACUACGGUGGAGCCUUCUUCCGCGCCCGCCUCGUCUUCCCCCCCAACUUCCCCGACCAACCCCCCUCCAUGACCUUCAAGAACCCGAUCCCCUUCCACCCCAACAUCUACCCGGACGGCCGCCUCUGCAUCUCCAUCCUCCACCCGCCCGGCGAGGACGAGUUCGGCUACGAAGACCCCUCGGAGCGCUGGAACCCCGCCCGCUCGCCCGAGACCAUCCUCGUCAGCGUCCUCAGCCUCUUCCACAGCCCCAACCCGGAGUCGUCCGCCAACUUCGAGGCCGGCCGCCUGCUCCGCGACGAUCCGCGCGAGUUUAGGAAGCGGGUGCGCGUGUGCGUGCGCGAGAGCCAGGAGAAUGCGGGGGAGGCUUGAGUACACCGGCUCUGGAAUGGACGAGCGUGGAUGGGAGGUGUGGCGAUGGGAUUCUGGGAGCUGAAAUGAACGGUUGUGGUCUUUUUCAUCCCCGUGCAACCUCGCAUCAAAUUACUGUACUGUCUGGAGUCGAGGCACGGAAGAAGGGGGGGGGGGGGUGGUUCC